AUGGCGGACGAAGAAAAACCCCAAACACUCAAAUCCGUCUUCACCUCGGCAGAAAGGAAGCGUCUCACGCUCGAAAACUCGUACGAGGCCUCCUCGCCGACCUACCUCGACGACCUCCGUACCGCCAUCUCCGAGUACGAGACCUGCCUCGACCUCAUCUCCCGCGCCGCUCUCUUCUCCCCCAACGAGUCCCUCGAGGACCUUUCCACCUCCUCCCUCCCCUACCUUCUCAUCACCGCUCACCUCGCCGACCUGCACCAGAAGCUUCCCUCGCGCCGCCCCAUCGAGCGGCGUGUCGCCCUCGAGCGCGCCCGCGAGUCCUACGAGACCUUUUUGGGGUUCCUCGACUCCUACGACCUCCUCUCCCCGCAGCAAAAGACCCUCUACGAGCACUACACCGACGAGCCCCUCGCCUUCUCGACCCUCGGCACCAACGACCCGGCCAAGCGCCGCGACGCGAAAAUCGCAAACUUCAAAUCCGAGCGCGCCCUUCGCCAGCGACUCGACACGCUGCGUCGGAACCCGCGGUACCAGAAUGAGGACGGCGAUGACGAGGUCGUCCGCGAUUUGCACCUCGCCCACAUCGCUUACGCGGCGCACAUGGCAUUCCAGGGCUUGGAGGGCAUCAACCGCGAGCUCGAGGUCCUGGCACAGGCCACCGUGCCCCUGAUGCCGUCCCCGACGUCCGUGGAGGAGGAUGAGCGACGCCGCGCUGUGGAACGUAGCUCGGACGGCUACAAUGAGCGUCUCGAGGCCCCACGCCGUCUGCAAAGCCUGUUCGGCCAGAGGGGAGGCCCCAUAUUGUCCAAGGACGGCAAGCCGCUGCAGCCCUUUACGCUCGUCGGGGACCGGGGCCAGAUGGCUGCGGACGUGUUCCGGCCGGGUCAUAACCUGCCGACGAUGAGUAUCGAUGAGUACCUCGAAGUGGAGCGUGAGCGGGGAGGCAUCAUUGAGGGUGGCGGCGAUGCGAGCUGGCACCGGCCGGAGCCGGAUGAAGAUGACUUUGACAAGGCGGACGAGGAGACGAUGAAGGCGAGAGCGUGGGACGAGUUUGUCGAAGCGAAUCCCAAGGGUUCAGGAAACACGCUGAACAGGGGUUGA